AUGCUCUCCUCCUCUCUUCUAUUGCUCUUGCCUCUGGCAAUGGCCAGUCUGAGUCCCGAUUAUUUGAAAGGGACUUGUCCCAAUGACAAGGAGAUCUGUUACAGUAAGGCUAGUCAAGGAGAAUGCUUUGGCAAUUCCUUGAAAGCUCAGGUUUUGAACAAGAAUUGUCCUUGUUCGUGCAACGAGGCGCUUCAUUCGAGGAUUCAGAAGUGCUGUCGGACAGUGGGACCUCCGGAGAUGAAGUUCUGUCUCCCUCUGUGUGGAUAUAACACGACGGUCGAAGAGGUGAGUAAAUUUAAAUUGGCAUUCGCUUAAUCACGUCAGAAAAUAAAAUGAAACAGAAUUUUAAAAAUUGCAGUUGUGUUACCGGUUUUCAAUUUGUAGCCUUGUACUUUUAUUUUAUUUUCAGCUGGGCAGUUCUCUCGGAGUUAAAUGCGUUUCUCAGUUGACCACCUGGGCGUAUUGUGCUGCUGAUAACAGUGAUAAUACAGCCUGUUGCAAGUCCAAAGGAGUCUCAGAUGAGUGUCUCAGCUUCUGCAAAGGGGACGUCCCCACUUGUGACCUUCAAAGUAUCUUCUCCUACCAGCCUUGUCUCAAAAAUAUGAAGUCAAUAGUCCAAUGUCAAGUGGAGAAUCUCGCCGCCACUCCCAGAUUUGAUCCUGAUUGGCAAGCUCCUUGUGAAUGGGAGUAA